GAAAACACCACCAACCACUCUUCCGUCUUAACACAUGCUAGUGCUGCGGCCCUCACUGGCACUCUGCUCCCAAAUCCCAGUUCCACAGUGACACUGCACCACCCGGCUCCUACGAGAUCCAGAGUUCCAGGCCCCAAACCCCUCCUCGCCUACGCUAGCUGCUAGCAGCAGCCAGCCUCUGCUCGCAGGGGGAACAAUGGCUGCCAACGGAGGCGGGUACAGGGCGGAGGACGACUACGACUACCUCUUCAAGGUGGUGCUCAUCGGCGACUCCGGCGUCGGCAAGUCCAACCUCCUCUCCCGCUUCACCAAGAACGAGUUCUGCCUCGAGUCCAAGUCCACCAUCGGCGUCGAAUUCGCCACCCGCAGCCUCCAGGUCGACGGCAAGGUCAUCAAGGCCCAGAUUUGGGACACAGCUGGCCAGGAGAGGUACCGUGCUAUUACAAGUGCCUAUUACCGAGGAGCUAUAGGAGCAUUACUCGUCUAUGAUGUCACCCGCCGUGCUACAUUCGACAGCGUGGGCCGUUGGCUAAGGGAGCUCAGAGACCACACUGAUCAAAGCAUUGUUGUCAUGCUAAUCGGCAAUAAAUCUGAUCUCCGCCACUUGGUGGCUGUCUCAACUGAGGAUGGGAAAGAGUUUGCUGAGGCUGAAUCCAUGUACUUCAUGGAAACCUCUGCGCUCGACGCCACCAACGUGGACAAUGCGUUUGCAGAGGUCCUGACCCAGAUAUACCAAAUUGUGAGCAAGAAGUCGGUGGAGGCGCCGGAGGAAGGCUCGGCUGUCCCAGGCAAAGGGGAGAAAUUAAACGUGAAAGAUGAUGUGUCCGCUCUGAAGAGAGCUGGCUGCUGCUCAAAUUAAGGCAAAGACAGACGGUUUGUUCAUUUUUCAUGUAGGUACGGUCAGCUUGCACUGUAAGAAAUCUGCUCAAUUCUCCUUUCUGGAGGUGUUACUGAGGGUCAGGGUCAGUCAACAACCAUUCAAACUAUCAGUUUAAAUUAUCAGCUCUGAAUUUGUGCUUCUGUCAGAUUGAUAUGGUGUUAAUGUCUACUAUUGCCAUUUCUUUUAUGAACAGAAGAAUUUACAAGCAAUUUGUGUA